AUUAUCCGAAAUAUUUUUUAAACUGAAAAUGGAUGAAAGAUUAGUCCGCUUGGAUAGGUCCAGUGCAUAGUCUCCCAGUAGGCUAGUCAAUGUCAUGUGAUUUUGGCGUCAUCCAGUUCACCCCAUAUCGCCAAUGAAACUGAGUAAAAACAUAACCACUGGUUUCUGUCAGCGCGCAGUGUUGCACUAUGUUGUUUGGUUUGGUCCAUGAGGAAACUGUUUUGGAAGUAUGAGCAAAGAGGAUGUGAUAUGCCGACCGGCCUCUUUAAAAUUUACCAUCGAUAACAUUCUUAAUAAAGAUGUAUUUAACAUAAAUUCCGCAAAAUCGCAACCUGCAUGGGACUUCACUUAUCAAUGCAAAAAGGAAAGGAGGCAUCAUUCACCACACAAAACAUCCAACGAAUCAGUGCAGCACAUCGCGUGUGCUUUCGAGGCAGUUGAACAAGAUGAUGCUCAGAGAGUGUUUGCCAUGUGUCCAAAACUGGAAAGACUCAGUAGCGCAGAGGAGCAAUGCGAACAGAAAACCGCAAAGACACCCAAACCAAUAACAAAGAAGAAAACACGUACGAUUUUCUCCAAAAGACAAAUAUUUCAAUUGGAAUCUACAUUUGACAUGAAAAAAUACCUCAGCAGCGCCGAGCGCGCCUGUCUCGCCAACUCUCUUCAGCUCACAGAGACGCAAGUGAAAAUAUGGUUUCAAAACCGUCGAAAUAAAUUGAAGCGACAAUUAUCUACGGACUGUGAUGGAUCAUGUUCACCUGAAGAUAUGUCAUCUGAACCUCCAAAGACACUGCAGAUACCCAGUUUAUACAGAGAGAGUGUUGGGAACACUUUAUGGAAAGGGUGCUUGAUGCCUUUUCCUUUAAUGUAUCCUGGAAACAUUUCUUCUUACUUGUACCUUUCUAAUACAAGUAACUAUUUCAGGAUUUUCGAUGGAGAUGUGUAAUUUUUCUUGAAACACUCUGGGACCCCGACAAAACUCUUUAAGUUUUUAAGCCAUGUGAAUUCAAAGAACUUUCUAAAUUUCUGAUCUCUGUCCUGGUUUAAAGAAAUAAAGUUUCGAACACAUUUUUCGAACAAUAAUAAAAAUGAUAAUAAUAAAAGAAUUAGACUGAUGAAUUUCUCUUCAGGUUAAUAAUUUUCAAAAUUUGAAACCCAAACUUGAGUUGAUGUCAUGUGCUCUGUCAGAGAAACCAAAUAACCAAUAUUUUUUUUAUGUUUUAACAUUAUGAGUACGUUAUAUCAACAUGGAGUUUUACAUGUGGAAAUUGCAUAUCUUGUAAAAUGUAUGAUCUACUGAUAUUGUAUCUUUUUUAUUUAAACACGGAUAAAACACGACUCUUUUUUUAUAACUUU